AUGCUGCGGCCGCGACCGUCACCUCCAGAGCCGGCAGCAGGCUCCCAGCGGCUCCCGCGGCGCUCCCAGGAGGAGCGCGGGAGCCGGGACCAGCAGUGGGCACCGGCGCCGCCCCGCAGUCCGCGCCACGCCCUGCUCCAGCAGCACGUGAAGCACAUCUCGCUGCAGCGGCUGCCGCUGCCGGGCGUCCCGCUCCGACCGCGGCCCGUGUCCCUACAGGAGACUCAGCUGUGCCUGGAUCGCGUGUCCCUGGAACUGGCCCCUCUGUUCCAGCCGACCGCGGCGGAGGAGCGGCCGCCCCAGUACCAGAUCUCCCCGCCAGAGGAGGGCGAGCCGCCAGUGUACCACUCGCUACCCACGGACCAGCCCCCUCAGUACCGCCCUCCUAUCACCCAGGAGCAGGCGCCCCUGUACCGCCCUCCCACCUCUGAGGAGCAGACACCCCUGUACCGCCCGUCCCCCCAGAGCCCCUCCCUCUCCCCUCCCCGGUGCGGGGCCGACCCCGGCCCUCCGCUGGCCGGUCUGGACCCGGGCGCGCUGUACCGUCUCUCAGUCCUGCCGCGGUCGCCGUCCGACCCGCCGGGCCGGCCGCAGCGCGUCUCCCUGCAGGAGGUGCGCCUGGGCCCGGCGCCGGCCGCCGCCCGCCGGCCCCAGCGGGUCUCCCUGCAGGAGACGGGCGCUCACGGCGCCGGCAGGGACGGCCAGAGGAGGGGCCGCAAGUGCGGCGUCUCCGGUCACCACCCGGGCGCGCAGGGACGGCCCUGGACUCUGGACCUGGCCGAGCUGGCCGAGAAAUGA